GGCGAGAAAUACUCUUCCCAUCGUAUGCUUCGAGCUGUGAAAAAUCGAUUUGGAUCCACUGAUGAGCUUGGAGUUUUUGAGAUGUCACAUUCAGGACUUCAGGCUGUUUCAAAUGCCAGUGAAAUGUUUCUCAGUGAGCAACACCUAGACUCCGAAAUUUUAGCUGGACUAGCUGUUGCUGUAAUAAUGGAUGGGUCCCGAACAUUCCUUAUCGAAAUUCAGGCACUUUGUCUUUCUGGUUCAACAGGUUCAAGGCAAGUUAAUGGGAUCCAAGCAAGUAGAGCUGAUAUGAUCAUAUCAGUUCUUAUAAAGCAAGCUGGUCUUCGACUCCAAGAACAUGCCGUGUUUUUGAAUGUUGUUAGUGGAUUGACAGUGACUGAGACUGCUGGAGAUCUUGCAAUAGCAGCUGCAAUUUGCAGCAGUUGCUUGGAGCUACCUAUUCCAAAUGACGUUGCAUUCAUUGGUGAAAUUGGUCUUGGUGGUGAGAUUCGCAUGGUUCCUAGAAUGGAGAAAAGGGUAUACACAGUGGCGAAAUUGGGUUACAGAAUGUGCAUAGUGCCGAAGGCAGCUGAAAAGGCUUUAGUAGGGACUGAAGGUUUAGAGAGGAUGAAAGUUGUUGGUUGCAGGAAUCUGAAAGACGUUAUCAACACGGUAUUUCCCAAUAUAAUGAAAAGAAGAUAGUGAUUGAUCACACUAAAAGCAUUUGUGUUAUGCUUGUAUAGAUCUCUCAUAUUAGGCUUUUAAUUUAUGUAAUGUAAAAUGUAACUCAAAUUUUAUAUAUAGCCUUACGUAGCAAGUAAUUGUGCUUUUAAUUUUUCUGCAAAAAGUACAA